AUGGGAGUGACCUUGAACACCGUGAGCGACACCAAACCCAAGGAUCACCAAGCGCCCACGCCCGCCACAGAUGAGUCCCACACCACAACAACCCCAAAGAAGCGGCGCAAGGUCAAUCAUGCUUGUCUCUACUGCCGUCGAUCUGAGAGGCCAUGUACGAGAUGCGUCAAGCGGAACAUCGGCCAUCUGUGCCAUGACGAGCCCCGAGAGCCCGAGUCCAAGAAGGCCAAGAGCACCGUCACCACAUCCUCAGUGCCUGACUCCGAGUCCCAGCCAGACCUCGGGCGCAGUGCCGUAGACCAGGCUGUGGGCUCCAUGGAGCCCCUCUCUUUCGGUCCGGCGGCAAUGGGAAACGGCCCUGGCCAGGCGGCGAAGCCUGGGUUCGAUGCCGCAGCCCUUGGCCGCGAGAACCCCAACUCUCUACAGCUCGUGCAACCCACACCAGUAUCGGGCAUACAAGCCAGCACCCUAAGCAGUGCCAUGGGCCAAUUCCCUGCUUUCUCUGACGUCUGGAUGAACGCCCAAAACCACUAUCACGACAUGCACAGCUUCCACCCCAACUUUCACAUCACGCCCGAAGUGACGAAUGAGUUCAAUCUUCUCAAUGAGUUUCUGCAUUCGAGCCUUCUUGACGGCGGCGCGCUCCUCGCCGAUGACCAGCCGCUCGGACAGGGCCAGGCCAACUCUGUCCCGGCCCUUCAAAGCAGCAGCAGCCCCCUUCCACCAAGCGCCAUGCCGGAUAAUCUUAUGCCCCCUCCGCCUAAUUCUAAGCAGGCCAAGUCGAUUACGAGACCGACAAGCGCCCUCCCGACGGAUAAGGCCCGCGAAUACUACUUCCAGGCGGCCGAUCCGUCGGGCAACGCCGACCCAGAGGAGCGCAUGCAGCACGUCUUGAGAGCCAAAUACGAGGCAGGCCUCUUGAAGCCAUUCAACUACAUCAAGGGGUAUGCUAGGUUAUCGGGGUAUCUCGACACGCAUGUCGCGACGUCAUCGAAACAGAAGAUUUUGAGGCAGCUCGACCGUUUCCGGCCGAAGUUUCGCGAGAAGAUGCAAGCCUUGACCGAUAUAGAUCUGAUCUUGGCUGAGAUGUGGUUUGAACGCACGCUCAUGGAGUACGACCGCGUGUUUGCGAGCAUGGCGGUGCCAGCCUGCUGCUGGAGAAGAACAGGAGAGAUUUUCAGGGGCAACAAGGAGUUUGCCGAGCUUAUCCACGUGCCGGUCGAGGAUCUCCGAGGAGGAAAGAUCGCCCUACAUGAGAUAUUGACAGAAGAGUCGAAUGUGAGGUACUGGGAAGAGUUUGGGACCAUAGCCUUCGACCCAGACCACGAAACCCUCUUCACAGCUUGCUGCUUGAAGAGUCCCGACGACACAUCGAGCGAUCCAGUUCUGAACUGCUGCUUUACGCUCCGGAUUAGGAGGGAUGACAAUAAAAUCCCGAGCUUAAUUGUCGGCAACUUCCUACCUCACGACCCACCCCCUUGA